GCCUAGCAUCAAACCAGGUUGUAAAAUCCUUGUUCUUUAAGCCACUAACCUGUAAACUGUAAUCCCGAGUUCAAUGAUGUAAUAAUAUAGUAACAAGUUUCCAGCGACUCCGAAAACAAGGAUUAAUUUGAGCAUUAUAACAAAUCCCUUACACUGCUGUCUGGCGUGGUUUAGGGAGUGCGGAGGCUGUGUGGAUGUGGUCACCUUGUCAGGGCACCUGUGCACACGGGACUGCGUUUCCAGGCCUCUGGUGUUGGGUAGGGUUCCUCAAACCCCAAAGGGCACCCUUCCCCACUGGUUGCUGUCCAUUUGGUUUGCUUCCUUUACUCCUGCUCCUCAGCCAAAGUAGUCUUUUGAAGUAAAACUCAAGCCUGGCUCAUCUUUCUAGACAACUUGCAUCCCCUGCCCCUUGACAUUUGUGCUUGGUUUCUGUUCUCAGCCUCUGUCUUCCAGGAGCCUGAGUCCCCUGUCAAAGGCCAGUGUUGGCUUAGCCCUGCCUCACUUUCCAAUACUUUGCAUAAUGCUAAACGUUAUUAGACAUGUGGUUUAUUACCUACCAGCUUUAUAGGGCUGGGACUGAGUGUGUGCCCCCUUAACUUUUGUAUCUUAUGUCCCUCCCUCGCCUUAUUCUAGUCCCAGCCCUGCAGCUUUAGAUAAUUCACAUGUAGAUUAACCAUUCCCCUACCUUAACUCUUGAGUCCUCUGCCCUUUCCUUUCCCUGUACCUACCUACUUCAGCCAGAGCCCACUGGAUAAUUUUCUGCUAUUUUGUUCUUCCCAGUAUCCAACCACCCAACCCUAGUAUUCUGGUAAUUUUGGCAAUGAUGUCCUAAGUGAAAUUAUUUGAUUGGUAUUCUGACUGAUGAGAUAAAGAGUCUGGUUACCAUGUGUAUCAGGGUACAAUUAGAAAAGCAGCACCACUAAUAUAAAGAUUUUAUAUAUAUGUAUGUAUGUAUAUUUAUAUAUAUGUAUAUAUGUAUAUUGUUCUACGGGAUUUAUUAUAGGGAUUUCACUAUAUGCAAUUGUGGGAGCUGGUUAAACAGUCUCUGUAAGGCUGUCAUUUUCUCAUCUAAUGUUGGAGCUUGAAGUCUGUAGGGCAGGCAGUUGGGAAGGGAACAUGGAUAUAAAGUGUGGGAGACUGAGGACACAUUGGCACCCACAAGCAGAAGCUGGACCCCCCCUCAGAUGGCCUGGAGCCCAUGUCACUUGUCUCACCACCUCCAACUUCGAUGAUGUGGGUGUCCUGCAGAAGAAGCUGGUGCCUUUCACCAGAGUUAAAUAUGCAUCUGGCCUAAGAAUUUGAGAAGCUGAAGGAAGAUCCUGGGGAAGGUGGGGCAACUGCAGACCGGGCUGCUGACCCACACCUAGAAGGUGAGCCAGCAGAUAAAUGACAACGUGUGAACUGCAGCAGUGCCUGGUGUCCCUACUCCACACUUCAAAGUGUAAAACCAACAUUCUACUGCUUCACUUCUGCCCUCCAGUUAGAACGUAAAAUGUUUCUUGUGGCUCAUCCUAACUGGAAGCAUACAGGGAAGGGAGUUCUGGGAAACAUAGGACUAGUCAAGGUGACACAUCACAAAGCCACCCUGCAUGAAUCAGCUCCCAAAGGGUCUCACUACUCACCUGAGGAUAAUUUGCUAAAGCUACAAUUGAAAGUGGAAGACCAUGGAUUUCAUGGUGACCCCAGCAAGUACAGUGGAGCCCACCCAGUAAAAAUGCAGGUCUCAGCUCUCUGUCAUGCAAGUAUUGAAAACUGGCCUGUCGUAGGCUCUAAACUUAAUACUGGGGUUCAGGAAUGAGAACGAUACAGUCCAUGCAAUUUUAUUGAAUACAUCAAUAUGUAUUAGAAAUGGUGAAUGGAUUUCCAACUUUAAUGGAAUUUAAUGGUGAAAAUAUAGAAUUCAGGAAACAAUCAGGAGGACAGCCCUUGUGUGGACCUUGUUGGGGCAUAAUAGGAAUUGGAAAUAAUAUAGUUUCUGUCUCUAAGCUGUUUAAUUUUAAAAUUAUUUUUAAAUGAUUUUUAUUGUCCCAUUUACUGAUUCAUACAUUCAGUGUUUACUUUGGGAAUGUCUUGAUGACGUUAACAGUGUUGACUGCCUCUGAGAAAGUGGAGUAGUGGGAGGGAAGAUAAAGGUCAGGUUUUGUCCAAGGACUUUGGGCAAAUCAUUUUUUUAGGCCUCCAUGGGGUUUUGGUUGAAGGCCAAGGCUUACCUUACCAAGUGACAAGCCUGGCUCCUCCACCCUCUGAAGAAGCCCGCCAGGGGCAUGGGAACCAUGGUUGUCUCACCUGGGCUCAGGAAACACUGCCCUCCAUCCCUGGCCUGGGUGGUCCAGGGCCGUGGCUUCAGCCGAGCCUAAAGGAAAUGGACUCCCUUGCGUUACAUAGUAGUGAAACCAGGCAACACUGAACCAGAGCUAAAUUGCGGGGCUUGCCCAGGUUGAGGGUGCAGCACGACAAAGCUCUGGACCAACACUGGGGACAUUCAAGGGCAGCCAGGUGCCUUCCAGGGGCAGCUUCCACUGUUGCCGAAACCCAUUUUGACGGGACCCUCUGGGUUGCACAACUUCAGGGGUGCCCUAUGGGUGUCCCUGAAUCUCAGUGGCUUUUCCCAAACACCAGGGCCUUGCUGAGGGCAUUUUCAUUACCUCCCUUCCCUGAGUGUGGUGUCUGGGGUGUUCCACCCAGACCAGCUGGUGGGCCAGGUGACUGUCGGACUUCAAGAUCAAGGAACUGGCUGGCCCUCAGGACUCCGUCCAGGAAACCAAGACGACCAUCUAAUUUCUUUGCUUCAGGCUACAUAAACUCUUAGCAGUAAAUGAAAGUGAGCAUUUUACUGAACUGCAAUGGAAAGAAGCAUUAUAUGAGAAAAAAAGACAAUUAUUUAAAAGAUUAUUAAGAGAGAAGAAACUAUUUUGUGGCUGAAAAGCUAAACCAACAUUUCAGGAAAUCUAAAUCUAGAAACGUACCAUAUACAAAAUCUGAAGUGGGCGGAUUACAAAUGAUUAAGGAACACUAAUAUACGUGAAUUGUGACCUUAUGAUGGUAUGCACAGCAGUUGUACUUCAGUUAUUGUUACACGACAGUGACUGACUAGGUAGUGGUGUUUUCUGUGCUCUAUACUUACAACCGCUUAAGAGAGGGGCAAAGUGUGAUUCUUUAUUGGCCUCAAGGUAUUAACUGCCGCUUUGCUGUUGGCUGGAAUUACAGCAGUGGUCUCCAUCUGUGCUGAGGGACCCUCUAAGGUUCCAUAUCUGGGAUCCGGAUUCUCAGAUAUCCGGAGCCUAUCUGCACUCCUGACCCACGUGUCCCGUCCUAGGUCCACCGUGGUCCUUGACUCAAACUGCUGGUUUCUGUUGUGCCCGACCAUCGGUAUCCCUGUACAGCCAUCCUGUCUGUCUGCCCUCCCUACCCUGGAGUGUCCCGAGUCUGAGCCCUGGUUUCUGCCCAGUGCAGUACGAUUUUAUUAGUAAGAUUCAUCGUUACUGGUGGGAGAGGCUGACAAGGCAGUUAGGCUCUCUCUCAGCUUUGUCUUAGCUGUAAAAUGAGGAUAAUACCUGCUGUUCCAUUAACUUAUAAGGUAUUUGUGAGGCUCAAACAUUUUGUGUGAAAGUACCUUGCAGAUUACUGUAAAGAACCAAAACACGUAGGGUGGUUUUGUGAUCGUUUACAUUACCAAGGUUAACCUAGACAUGGUCACAAAAUUUAAUAACCUUCCCACAAAAUGCUUUUUAGACUGAUUUCAGGAUCUAAAAAGCAAAGUAAAAUGGAGUGUUAUUAGAUCUUAAACUUCACUUCAGGUAAAGGAGGCAUUUUUCUGCUAUUCUGAUGAACCCUAGAGGAAGAGGGCGAGGUCGGCAGGAGGCCUGAGCCUGAGCUGAGAGAAAAGCGGCGGCCUCCCUGAGUCCCAGAGGAAGUCGCAACUGCCGCAUUCGUGGUCACCAUGGUGACGGGACCAACUUCCGCCCCGCCCGCUCCUUCCCCGCGAGGCGCACUAUGACAACCAGACUCCUGCGUUGCGGAAGCUAGUACCUAAGUUACUACGGUUAGGGAAUCGCGGCGGCGGGUACCACCGCUGCUCCGAGGGGGCUCGAAAAUGUACAGCCAGCGGUUUGGUAUCCUACAGCGGGAGAUUAAGGGCCCCACUCCCAAAGCAGUGAUUGUGAGAGCCAAGCCUCCCAAAGGCCAUAGAGUUGAGCAGCAUCUUGAAAGAAUCCGACGCAACUAUCAGAAACAUCAGGCUGUUUUGGAUUCCAUUAAGUCAAUAGAGCGGGAUCGCUCGAAAGUUGACUGGUACCAGCAGAAUGACCGCAAAUUUGUGAAGAGUCUUGUGAAAGCAAGAGUCAAGGAUGCCAUGCAAGGGUUUAUCAUCAACACUGAAGAAAGACGAAAUAAGCUCCGUGAGCUUUUAGCAUCAGAAGAAAAUAAGUAUUUCACUGAAAUGCAAUUGAAAGAAGAAACAAUUGAGGAGAGAAAAGAUAAAAUGAAAGAGAAAAUAAAAUUAUUAAAGGAGAAGAAAGAAAAAGAGAGACAGGAUUUUGUGGCUGAAAAGCUAGACCAGCAAUUCAGGGAACGCUGUGAAGAGCUCCGCGUCCAGUUGUCUUGUAUCCAUCAGGAGAAGGUGUGCGAGGAACGGAAAGCCCAGAUCGAGUUUAAUAAGGAGCUGAAAAGGCAAAAAGUGGUAGAAGAGCAGAUGUUCUCAAAGCUCUGGGAGGAAGACCGAUUAGCCAAGGAGAAGCGGGACAGCGAAGAGGCGAGGAGACAGAAGGAGCUGGUGGAGAACACGCGCCUGGGGCUGAACGCCCAGAUCACCGCCCUGCAGGCGCAGAGGCUGGCGGUGCAGCAGCUGAAGGAAGAGGAGGCGCGCCUGGUGGAAAGUGACAAAGCUCGGGUGAAACUUGAAGAUGAGCAGGAUAAGCUAAAGAAACAGAAGACAAAACAGGAAAUUCGGGUGACUUUGCAGAAAGCCCUCCAAGAGAAGAUAGAGCGUAUUCAGCAGGAACACAGACAAGAGCAGGACUUGGACCUGAAGCUCGUGCACAGCGCCUUGCAAGACUUACAGGAAGAGGCUGACAAAAAGAAGCAAAAAAAAGAAGACAUGAUAAGAGAACAGAAGAUAUAUCACCAGUACCUGGCACAGUGCCGUGAGGAGGAAACUGCCCGGGAGAAAGAACUGGACAGGAUACUGGAGGAAGAGAAGGCAAAGAAGCUGGCUGAGAAGGACAAGCAGCUGAAACUUGAAAAGGAGGCAAGGAAACAGCUUGUGAAUGAGGUCAUGUGUACGAGAAAACUUCAAGUGGAAGAAAAGUUGCAGCGGAAAGCAAAAGAAAAAGAAGCACGUUCUCUGGAACAGGAGCAUAUAAAUGAAAGUCUUAAAGAGCUUAGCCGUGAAGAGAAGGAGAGUUUUGAAAGACGCGCCGGCUUGGCCCAGGAGUACCGGAAGCAGCUCGGGAUGCAGAUGUCCCACCAGCAGCAGGCCCGGGAGGCGGAGAAGGAGGAGGCGCGCCGCGAGGUGGAGGCCGGGGUGGCCGCAGACAGGCUCUGCCAGGGCAGGAUCCAGGAGCUGCUGUGCGCCCACCGGGAGCAGCCCCGGAACGUGCACCCCCUGCGGAGGGCGUGCUCCGCUCGGUUUCCCCCAUAGUUCCGUAGACGUCAGCUUUUUCUUCGGCCUUUCAGUGUUUUUCACUGCAGUGUGCUUGGUGUAUGUUCCUCUGAACUCACAGAUAAACUUGUAUUUUUUUCUCUGU